CACCCACAGCUUUCCACAAUGGUCAAUCUCCGCACGCAGAAGCGCCUUGCGGCGUCCGUGGUCGGCUGCGGAAAGCGCAAGAUCUGGCUCGAUCCCAAUGAGGUCAACGAGAUCUCCAACGCCAACUCCCGCCAAACCAUCCGCAAGCUCGUCGCCGAUGGCCUCAUCAUCCGGAAGCCCGUUACGAUGCACUCGCGUGCCCGUGCCCGAGCCCUGAACCUCGCCCGCCGCGAGGGUCGCCACCGAGGUUUCGGUAAGAGGAAGGGUACCAAGGAUGCCCGUAUGCCAAGCCAAGUCCUCUGGAUGCGCCGUCUCCGUGUCCUCCGUCGCCUUCUCGUCAAGUACCGCGCCGCCGGCAAGAUCGACAAGCAUCUCUACCACGAGCUCUACCACCUCAGCAAGGGUAACACCUUCAAGCACAAGCGUGCUCUCGUUGAACACAUCCACAAGGCCAAGGCUGAGAAGGCCCGCGAGAGGGUCCUGAAGGAGGAGAUGGACGCCAAGCGUGCGAAGACGAAGGCCGCGAGGGAGAGGAGAUUGGAGCGCAAGGAGCAGAAGAGGGCCGAGUUGGCGGGCGAGACCGAGGAGAAAUAGACGGUGGGCGGCAUGACAAACUGGCGUGGGCUAUUCUAAAGGCAAAGGAGGCGCAGAGACUUCCUUCUAUCUGGGCAUAUGCGGUCAUGUUUUCAUGUACGUCUGGGUCUAUGCAAUCGGGCUUCUUCGUUCCCCAAAAGCAUGCUCGGCCGGCCAAGGCUAGCCUCCCUGAUGGCGACACUAGCGAUGCUAUGAUUAUCCACACACAGGCUAAUGGGAAUUGCAUCUUGGGAAUCUUGAGGGGGUGCAUCCCGCGGGUUUUGUGUGUGAUGUAGCGGAAAGCGCUUGUCGUUGAUACCCUAAAAGUACUCUACUCACUCCAGCACUGGUUUUCUGCUCCCUCAUAC